CUUCAUAGCACACCCUUUAAUGGAUAAAUCUUUCCCUUUCCAUUUGAUUUCAAGCCCUUUGGGCGAUAUUAUAAGCACACCUACUUAACACAUUAUCUUGGUACUUCUUCAGCAUAAUGCCUGCAAAAUCCGCUACAACUUCGCUGAAGAAUCCAAUGAAGAAAGUUUCAUAAUUUGGGGGACACAAUCAAUUACAGAUGCGAAUCAGAAAACGUACUGUUUCCCCAACAAAGUGGGUGAAGAAUGAAGAUUUUUGGAGUAUUGAGGUUUGGAUAGAAAGUGACAGUUUUACUUUUCAAUCACGAAGCUAUAAGAGGGUCACAGUCUCACAGACAAAAACCAGAACCACAAAAAAUCCUCUCAAAUCAAAACCUCUGUUCACAAAUGGAAAGAACAGUCAAAAUCAGCAACUUCUGCAAGUAAAUAAUCGAGGGUUGUUCAUGUUUCCCCUGAAAAGUUCAAACUUUGAUCAAGAAAAGCUACAAAUAAUCAACCAUGACAGAAAUUCGAGAGAAACUUACAUCUUUCUACAACAACAGAUGGCUGGUGUUUGUGGCUUCAAUGUGGGUUCAAUCUUGUUCGGGAAUUGGUUAUCUAUGGGGAAGUCUUUCUCCAGUGAUUAAGACUAACAUGGGGUACAACCAGAGGCAAAUAGCCUUACUUGGAGUGGCUAAGGACUUGGGAGAUGCUAUUGGAUUUCUUGGAGGCUCUCUGUGUGAAGUUUUGCCUAUUUGGAUGGUUCUUUUCAUUGGGGUUGUCCAGAAUUUUGUUGGGUACGGUUUGGUUUGGCUCAUUGUUAUAAGAGCUUUGCCUAAUUUGCCUCUUUGGGUGGUUAGUUCACUUUUUUUCCCUCUUUGUUUCUCCGCUUUUAAGUUUGUUCAAGAUUCUUCCUUUUUGUGGGUUGUUCUGUUUUUUUAUGUCCCAUGUGGAAUUUUGAAUUGAUUAUUUAUACUAUCUGAAAAGUUGUUUGUUGUUCCUUUCUGAUCACUGGUCGAAUGUUUUUCUUUUAAUUGUUAAUGGAUUAAAAUCUUAACUGAUAGAAGCUGGACUUUGGGUAUGCUUUUCAGAUCAUGUUUAUCUGCUCUUAAUUAGAGAUCAUGAUUGUUGUUGCUGGUAAGAAGAUUUAUGAUCAGGGGCGUGAUCCUGUUGCUUAAAGUCUACUUUAUCCAUUUCUUUCUUGGGGUUUCUUUGGUGAAACUGGUGUAUGCAGGCUGGCACUAGUUGUGAAAGGAAUAAGUAUCAUCUUGAAAGCCAUCCUUUUUAACAGUUUUCCUUUUUCCUUCCUGUUGCAUCCAAAUUUUUUCCGGACUACCAAAUCUUGGUUCUACUUCUCGGUUUCCAUUAAGCUUGACAAAAAUUGAUAGGAUUCUCUUCAUGUCGUUCAAGUCACCGCUCAAAUGCUUAAAUAAUAAUCAGUAUAAUGUAGUACUGCAAUUGACUUCCUCAUCAGAUGGCUGUGAUGUUUGUCUGUGCUUUAUAUUCAUUCCUGCUUUGCCUGAUUGCCAAAUUCAUAACUUAGAAUUUAUUGGACCCUGAUAUUAGAUAUCACUAGACUUGAAUUGGCUGCUGAAGUCUGUAAAUAAACCUUGAUACUGUCAUAAUAGAGAACUUCUCUAGGAUUGUAUUGAAAGCCCUGAUGCAUUGAGGGUUAAUUAGACUCAAGCAGCAUGUUUCACUAUAGCAUGUUGCAGUUAAUUAUUGAAAAUGAUUGCUCAGGAAAUCUGCUGAAUGGAGAAGUUGAAUUCCAGAGUACUAAAAAGAUUGGAAUAACAACUUCAGGUACCACAAAGUAAAUAGCUCUUUCGAAAGAGAGACCAAAUAAGGAAACAAAGAGGAGAUAUCCAAAGAUUUACAGAUUAUCUAUAUGACAAACCAUCUGUGUUGCAUAUAAACAAUCUCAGAUCACACACGACCCAAUUUAACCGGCGCCAAUCUACAAAUUCCUCUGGUGAAGAGUAUAUCUCUUGCAAGUUGUGAUCCAGUUGACCGUCCUCCUAAGCUUUUCUUUCACAUUUUAUGUUAGGAUAUUUUGUUUACGAAAAAAUGAAGUCACUAGUCAUAUUCUCUAAUGAAGUCAUUUAAUGAGGGAAAAUCUUUUUGAUGCAUUCUCGUUGUACCUGCUGUGUCCAGGAUAUUUUGAGACCCUCUGGUUAAUCAUUCUGGUGCUGUGUUGAAGGCUUAUUCUCAAGUCUUUUUGUUUUCUUGUGCACAGAUACGCCAGAAUAACCACCUUUUACCAUUUUACAUGCAUCUUCUUUUUCACGUCUUCUUUUCAUUUACUUUUUUUCUCUACUUGCAGUUAUGCAUUUUGAUAUUUGUUGGGACAAAUGGUGAGACAUACUUCAAUACAGGAGCUCUUGUUUCUUGCGUUCAGAACUUCCCAAAAAGCCGUGGUCCAAUAGUUGGGAUACUAAAGGGAUUUGCUGGGUUAAGUGGUGCUAUUCUGACUCAAAUAUAUGCCAUGAUAAAUUUUCGAGAUCAAGCAUCACUGAUUUUUAUGGUUGCUGUUGGACCAACUAUUGUAAUUACAGCUCUUAUGUUCAUCGUUCGACCUGUUGGAGGUCACAGGCAAAUCAGAAGCUCUGAUGGCACAAGCUUCAUGAUUACUUACAGCAUUUGUCUUGUUCUAGCUGCAUAUAUGUUGGCAUUAUUGAUACUUCAAGAUUUCGUCACUCUAAGCCAGAACUUGGUCACAAUAUUGACAACUUUUUUGAUUGUCCUUGUUCUACUUCCAAUUACAAUUCCUGUGCUGUUAGUUUUCUUCUCAAAACCAAAGCCUCCAGUGGAAGAAAGGCCUCUUCUUGAUUCUGAGAAACAGGAAACUAGUAAUUCCACACAGGAUGGUAAUGAGGUAAUUUUCAGUGAGGUAGAAGAUGAGAAGGCUUCAGAUGUUGAUUUACUUCCAUCAUCUGAAAGGCGAAAAAGAAUUGCUCAUUUGCAAGCUAAACUGUUUCAAGCAGCUGCAGAAGGAGCCGUGAGGGUUAAAAGAAGAAAAGGUCCUCGGAGAGGAGAGGAUUUCACAUUGCUACAGGCACUUGUGAAGGCAGAUUUCUGGCUCAUCUUUAUCUCAUUAGUACUGGCUUCUGGAUCUGGGUUGACUGUGAUUGAUAAUCUUGGCCAAAUGUGCCAAUCCCUGGGUUAUACCAAUACCCACAUUUUUGUUUCAAUGAUUAGUAUAUGGAACUUCCUUGGUCGUAUUGCUGGUGGAUACUUCUCUGAGAAUAUUAUAAGGUACUAUGCAUAUCCAAGGCCAGUCGCAAUGGCUGUUGUGCAGAUCAUUAUGGCUAUUGCUCUUUUCUACUAUGCUAUGGCCUUGCCUGGGGCAAUUUAUGUAGUAUGUGUGCUAAUUGGACUUGGAUAUGGUGCUCACUGGGCAAUCGUGCCAGCUGCAGUUUCUGAGUUAUUCGGACUAAAAAGCUUUGGUGCUUUGUAUAAUUUCCUCACACUAGCAAGUCCAGCAGGUUCUCUAAUCUUUUCUGGUGUUAUAGCUAGUGGAAUUUAUGAUUAUGAGGCCAAGAAACAACACACUAUCUUGGUACUUGGUAAUGCACAUGUUGAGGAAGCAAAAACACUGGCUUGUCAUGGUAGCAUAUGUUAUUCUCUUACAUGUGGGAUCAUGACGGGACUCUGCGCAAUUGCUGUUGUUCUAAGCCUGAUAGUAGUUCACCGAACCAAGAGAGUCUAUGCCCAGCUUUAUGGCAAGCCUCAGAGUUGAUCUCUUGUUUGGAAUACCCAAAGGCCAUCUUCAUCUGCUGGUGGAAGCAAAUACCAUGAUGCUUCAAGAUGGAAGAGUGGCAUAUUUACAUGGGGAGGCGUCCAAAAUGUUUCUUUUGCUGCUUUGAGGUACAUAGAUGAUGAGCUCUGCAUGUGAUCAGCCAUUGUUUAUCAUGGGGAAGCACUCCAGUUUCCGCAUAUAUGUUUCCAAUAUCGAAUGGUUCUUUCCACAUUUGAUUGAAUUUAGUCAUUCUAGUACACAAUUCCUGGGUGGUUUGUGGUGAUGCACUCGAGCAAGAGUCUGUCAUGAAAAUAUGUUGAAAUCUGCAGUUGAAUCCUUUCACUGUUGAUUUUAAGAAAUAAUAAAGGUUUCUGUGUGAAGCAGUGGGUUACCAAAUAUAUUUGAAAAGUAUGUGAUCAUACUCUUACCUAUGCUUUCAUUCACCUUGUAUAUGGCUAGAUUUUAUCAUUCCGCAUAAGUUUUAUAAGCAAUAUCUCACUUUCCUUUUUUUUUUUUUAAUCAAAAAGAGCUAAGCAGGUUUUUAAUGAUUGCACCACUUACCAAUAAAAGUCAAAUCGUGAUUGAAAUACGAUGUAAUCAGUCUUUCUUAUCUCUGCUUUUUAUCGUAUAUAAAAUUUGUUAGUGG